UGAACUAUCGGCAGUGUCCUUUACAGUCGUCUUUCGUAGUCUGCAUCUCGGGCGCGUUACGAAGAAUUUGGAAAGUUCGCGAUGCUAAGAACCGUGAACUUGAUACGAAAUGAACUUGGAAGUGCAACAAAUCGUUCCAGUGUGCUCAGAAAGCUUUCUAGGCCAUGUACUGUGAAACAACCAGAAGUUUUGAAGUCGCGUUGCGGCAUUCACCACUGUGUCAACAUCAGUGCGCGGUUGCCACUUGUGAGCACGCACAGUGAGCAUUCUCGGAGAUGGUACAGUCCAGAUCUCCCGCCACACCAGAAGGUGAUGUUGCCAGCUCUCUCCCCUACUAUGGAGAUGGGCACCAUAAUCUCUUGGGAGAAGAAGGAAGGUGACAAAUUAAGCGAAGGCGACCUCCUGUGUGAGAUAGAAACAGACAAGGCCACCAUGGGUUUUGAGACGCCCGAAGAAGGUUACCUGGCAAAGAUAUUGAUCCCUGCUGGAACCAGAGACGUGCCACUUGGAAAGCUGCUCUGCGUACUCGUGUACAGCCAGGAGGACGUCGCUGCGUUUGCGGAUUUCAGAGACGAUGGGGCAGCUGCCGCACCUCCACCUAGCCCCCCUGCAAGUGCACAGCCUUCACCUGCGAGUGAACCUACACCAGUCAGUCCCCCUGCACCUCCUGCAGCAGUACCCACACCUGUGGCACCCUCUGCAGUGGGAGCAGCAGGUCGCCUCUUCGCUAGUCCACUGGCAAAACGUCUCGCGGCUGAGAAAGGAGUUAGUCUCUCCCAAGUUCCAUCAGGCAGUGGGCCAAGUGGACGUAUCGUAGCUAAAGAUUUGGACACAGCGGUACCUACGGCAGCGCCGCAUGUUGGGGCUCCAGCGCAUCCAGGUGCCGUGUACGAAGAUAUUUCUCUUACCAGCAUGCGGCAGACUAUUGCCAGGAGGCUACUACAGUCGAAACAAAUGAUUCCACAUUACUACCUCACGGUGGAUAUUCAAAUGGAUCAGCUGUUAAGGCUGCGAGAAGAGUUGAACCAGACGCUCAAGGCAGACAACAUUAAACUGUCAGUGAAUGACUUUGUGAUCAAAGCUACUGCUCUGGCGUGCAAGAAAGUUCCCGAGGCAAACUCAUCGUGGCAAGAAACGUUCAUACGGGAGUACAAGACUGUCGAUGUCAGCAUGGCCGUCAGCACUCCCGAGGGUCUCAUUACACCCAUAGUCUUUGAGGCAGAGAAAAAGGGUCUAGCAACGAUCAGCCAAGAAACUAAAAGCCUUGCAGCUAAAGCGCGUGAAAAGAAGCUCCAGCCACAGGAAUUCCAGGGUGGAACGAUUACAGUCUCCAACCUUGGCAUGUUUGGUGUGAAGAGUUUUUCAGCAAUUAUUAACCCACCGCAGGCAUGCAUCUUGGCUGUCAGUUCUACCCAGGAUACAGUAAUCCCUGAUGAAAAUGCCUCAUCGGGGUAUAGAACAGCGAAGGUGAUGUCAGUUACCCUCAGCUGUGACCACAGGGUGGUGGACGGAGCAGUCGGUGCUCAGUGGCUCAAGCAUUUCAAGCAACUCUUGGAGAGCCCACAUACUAUGCUGCUGUGAUCCACCUUCACUCCUCCACUCAUCUGUAAUUUAUGUGUAACAAGAUUGUAUAGCAACCCUCUGUAAAGCCAUGUGGCACACUAUGUAGGAAGAAAUUCAAAUAUGUAGUAAAGGUAAGAUUUCUUUUUUUU